UGACAACUGGGGGAUGCUGGGCACUGCCGGCAGCCUCAGUCAGGGUUGGGGGGUUGUUCUGGUGGGUGUGGGAGUUUUAAUGGGAGGGCCCUCAGGGACAGGCAGGGCAGGGGGCUGAUCAUUUGGGGAACAAGAUGGAGGGGUGCUGCACCAUCAGCAUCAGCAAGAAGCAGAGUUACUUGUUCCCCACACUCCUGUGUCUCUCCACCAAAGAGGUGGUGGCCAUCUGGGAUGUCGUGUCUGCCUACAUCCUAGGACAGAUGAAGCUGGACAAGGGUGUUCUUGUCCCAGGUCUUGGGACCUUUGCUGUGGUCCCAGAGCAAAUCAACAGCACAGAAGAGGUGUAUGUGGUUCGAAGACCCGUGUUCCAGCUGGACAUGGACAUGUCCUGUCUACAGGAGCUGGUGUUCCCAACUGUGAUGAUCCCUGGUGACAUCGUGAUCAUGCCACUGGAUUACUGGUGGCUGUCCCAGACCAAUUCCCUCUCGCCUGACGUGGUGAGGGGCUGUGUGGAGGAGACCAUUCUCUUGUACUCCUUCCAGCUGAGGGACAGGCAGCGCCCUGCAUUCACCUUUGAGAAUAUUGGCAUCCUGUCCUGCCAGGACAAUGUCCUGUGCAUGCAAUUCCACUGCAGCUGCAUUGCAGCACUGGAGAGUCAGGACACCUGGGUGGCUCUGCUGCUCACGAGGCUAAGUAUACCAGGUUCUGGUGUCAACAAUGGAGUGACCACUGCUCAGGGGGUGCAGGCUGCACAGGCCCACAUGUUCCCCAGGUUUCAGCUUACUGUGUCUGAUGCUUUUUCCACCCAACAUACAAAGGCUGCAGAGAAACACAGGGUCAGAACGGGGGAGCAAGAGCAUCCUGGAAAGUUUUCCCUCCUUGUGCUGCCAUACCAGAGGCCAGGCACAAGGCAGCAAGAGCCAAGGUCAAAGCCACCUGCCAGUGUGCUUACCCCAUGCCCAGCCAGCUCUCCGAGGAUGAGAGAGGCAGGUGGGCAGGAGUUAGCUCCUUCAGCCAGGCCUGACAUCACACUCCUGGCUUCUGAGAACUGCCAGAGAGCACUGCAGGAGGUCUGGCAGCUGUAUGCAGAAUGGGAACAUGGGAAUUCCCACUGGAGAGAACAGAAGGCAGAAUGGGCAACAUGGGAAGCCUGGGCUGCUGGGAAGGACCAACAGAUACCGCAGGUAUUCAGCGUUGGAGAUGCUUGGGCUCCACACCGUCCAUCCCAGCCCCCACGAAAGGGGGUCACUGUGAGGUGGGGGACAGCUGGAACCCCCCUCCCCACAGAGAAAAUCGCAGAGAGAUUCCAGCCUGGGUCCAGACACCUUUCCCCACGAGCCAUCCAGGUGCUACAUGGGCUGGAGCCACAUCAGACACGGAGGAACAUCUUCAUGUUUUUGGCUGAGAACAACCGGCGGCGGCAGGAGCAGCAAAGGCAGUUCUGCAGAGCCUUGCAUCUGAUCACUAGUCUGAUUAGUCACCAUGCAUUUCUACAGAGAGUCAUCUGGUGAGGAGUAUUUGGAGGAAAGACAGAAAAAAGUAAGUGACUAGCACACAAGGUAACCCCACUCAUUGUGCCCUCCUCCAAUGUGUCUUGUCUUUUGGGGAAUUUGGUACUGCCUUGGGGUGAUUUUAUGAUGAUGCUUUAUUCCCUAAGCGUCUGCUUUAUGCCCAGAAAAUGUGUGCUGCAGCUUUAAUGUGGAUCCGGGUGUGGGGCAGAGAGCUUUGGGUUCCUGCACGGGCUCUGUUCAAGCUCUCCUCUGGGUCCUCCGGACAGGGUGGGCCGGGAGACUACAUUGUUCCUUUUGUUGGAUUGUUAUCUGUCUCCCCCGCCCCACCCCCCCUCCGCCUCCGCGUGGAGCAAAAAGUUUUUUCCCUUCUCAUUGCCUAGCUUAGAGGCUGUAUCGGGAAUUCUC